CAGUAAGUCAAUUGUAAGAAAUCGAAUGAUAAAACUUUAGAGAGUUUGAUUCCGGACGCUUUUCUGCCCGACAACGCGAGGGCCGCUCUAUCGACUGAUAUCGAUAAUGUAUGCAGAGUUAGUGAUGAAUAGAAUCCGGCAAUUGUUCCUAACGCUGAUCGGUGUGCUUAAGCGAGCCAUGUGCUGCUUUUCACGUAGACGGAAACUAUCCCAUGGCGAGUGUGAGGUGUUGAGUUCGAUCAGCAUCGAUCGCAGCGCGGUGGGAGACGUUCGGAGUAAACACGUUUCCGAGAAAGAUUGGAACUCUUGGGACGAUGCACCGAGCACGGUUGAAGAGCACAUUGAGCGGUACCGGGAGACUCUGGCACAGCCACAGCACCCGGCGGAAUCUCCGGUAGAGGUGGAUUAUUUUCAGGGUAUGGCUCCACAGAUCCUGCGCCAGCCCAAAAUCUGCAUUGCCGAAGAUUCUCAACCGCGCGACUUUAGCCGUCUGACGGCCAAUAUUGACAUUCCUGUGGUGAAUGAGCUAGAAGACUGGAACGAGGGCAACCAGACUGGUUGGGAUGACGCCGAUGAAUCCACCACUAAGCAAUUGAUACGGGAAACCAGGAAGGAGUUGCGUGCCCAGCGACAGUACAGUCCAAAAAGGAUAUAGAGAAGAGGUGUUCGUCGCGCCCAUGUUUUGUCGAGACAAAUCCUAGUCGUAAGGUUUCCUUGAGUUUGUUUUAAACACUUGAAUCGUUUUGAUUUCACAAUCCUUACGAUUUGAUUUUUAUGUGCUACGUUCGUAUUUGACGUGAGAGCUUCAUGAACUACAUUGCGCUAAUACCUGAUGCAUUGAUGGGGAGUGUGGAAAAAAGCAAACCACAUGGAUCAAUGAACAGGCAACCAGGCACCACAGUAUAGUCAAAUGGAAAUCGUAAUAUGCUGAUAACAAUUCCACCACUACUAGUGAUGCCAUUUUGAAAAAAAAGUCUGCCGAAUUUCGUGCUAGUGUCUUGAGAAUCAAAUACAAAUUAAACUCCACAGUGCUUAUGCUCUAUAUAGGAAUCUUCGCAAAGUAUGGUUGGUUGGCUGUUGAGAGAUUUCAACACGCAAUUUCCGGUCUACUAUAUUGUGUUCUUAUAAAAAUUGAACAAGUGCAUCCAAAAGAAACCCUCUGACACUGUACGUCACCAAAAGAUAAUAAACGCAUUAUCGUCUAUAACCAUUUCGAUGUAUGGAAACUGUUGCGGAAAUCUUGGGAUGCGUCGACAUUACCCUGCAAAGGCCUUGUAGACUAUUGGGCGAUAGAAAUGUUUCUUCUACCUACCCAUACGAACUUGCAAAACUGAACCGGGGAAUUCACCCCCUUUCUUUUAAUUGGCUAAGGCUAUGGGCGAGGUAAAGUCGUUUUUACUUCGGUGAUUUUGUCAAGCUUACUUCUUUCUUAAAGCGUAGAUUAGUUACUGGAUCAGCCCACUGGUACUUUUGUUGCAUUUAGGGCAUAUUUCAAAACAACAGUGUCAUCGAAAACGACGGAAGAUGAUAUUUUUGUCCGUGUUCACCUGUUACUAGAGAGAAGACGGUACAACUGUACAGGAAUAAGAUACAAAGAAAUCAGCAACAAAAUGCAGAAUGUAAGUA